CUACAAUAUAUCAUUAUCUUUUUGAAUGUCUGUAAAAUGUAAAUGCAAGAGAUUUUGCAGGUAUAAGUCCUCCAAAACUUGGUCUGGAGAGGUAUGCCCAACUUAGGCAACUUUUGGGUACAAAAGAGAGGUUUAAGAUGCUGGUUGUUUUUUUCGGAAAAGGCAUGGGAUUUUAACUCCGAGUGUUUUUUCCGGGUCUAUCUGAUUUGUAUAGGUUUUCUUUCUGGAAGACCAGGUUUCCCUACAUCUUACUUAAAAUUGAGAAAUCGGUUUAAGUAGAUAUUAAAUAGCGUUUAUAGUUGCCAUAUAAGUCUAGGAGCCCCAUAUGGCUGGUUCGCGG